AUGUCCACCGAUUCUAGUGUUAAGGCUUCCAACUGGAGAUUGGUUGAAGUUGGCCGUGUUGUUUUGGUCAAGAAGGGCCCAUCAUCUGGAAAGUUGGCCGCUAUCGUUGAAAUCAUCGACAACAAGAGAGUUUUGAUUGAUGGUCCAGAAACUGGCGUCCCCCGUCAAGCUUUCAGUCUAGGUCACGUUGUCUUGACUCCAUUGACCUUCGAUCUACCAAGAGGCUCAAGAACCUCCACUGUUUCUAAGAAAUGGAUUGCCUCCAAUGUUACCGAAAAAUGGACUUCCUCCUCUUGGGCUAAGAAGAUCGCUCAACUUGAAAGACGUUCUGCUUUAACCGACUUUGAAAGAUUCCAAGUCAUGGUUUUGAGAAAGCAAAAGAGAUACGCUGUCAAGAAGGCUAUUGCCAAGGCUUAA